UGCCAACACGCGUACCUGGCACCCUGGCAAGAUGGCAGCCUCCAUGUUGAAACGCACAGCUUCUCUCAUCAAAACUUCCCGAAAUUUGCUCGCCAGCUGCUCCGUAGUGCAUGCUAAGUACAGUUCUGGCUUGCUCGUGAACAGUGGAAAGUAUCCCUUUUUGCAGGAGCUUGGAAUUGAAGAGGAAAACGCCGGAGCAUUCACUGGAAAAUGGGGAGGCAAAGGGGAGCUCAUCACAUCUUAUAGCCCUAUAAAUGGAGAGCCUAUUGCAACUGUCAGACAGGCCAGCCUGGAGGAAUAUGACGAAAGCGUCAAGAAUGCCAAAGAAGCCUGGGAUGUAUGGGCAGAUGUGCCAGCGCCCAUGCGUGGUGAAAUUGUGCGUCAGAUUGGAGAUGCUCUUCGGGUGAAGAAAAAUGCAAUUGGGCAGUUGUUGUCGCUGGAGGUGGGCAAGAUCGUAGCUGAAGGUGGCGGGGAGAUUCAGGAAUUUAUUGACAUCUGCGACUUUGCGGUCGGCCUGUCCAGGAUGUUUGCCGGCAGAGUUCUCCCCUCAGAACGACCUGGCCACGCUCUUCUCGAGCAGUGGAAUCCUCGUGGACACACUGGGGUCAUCACGGCCUUCAACUUCCCCACUGCAGUGUUUGGUUGGAACGCUGGCAUCACCAUGGUCUGUGGGAACACUUGCCUCUGGAAGCCAGCCCCUUCAACCCCAUUGUGUGGCAUUGCCGUUACAAAAGUUAUUCAGUCUGUUUUUGCUGCCAACAAGAUGCCGCCGGCUAUCAUGACCCUGUUGUGUGGUGGAGCUGAUCUCGGAGAAGCCAUUGCCCGUGAUGAGAGGGUACCGAUUGUGUCCUUCACUGGUAGCACACCUGUAGGGCAGAAAAUUGGAACAAUUGUGCAGGAGAGAUUUGGCCGCUGCAUCUUGGAGCUUGGAGGUAACAACGCCAUCAUAGUACUCGAAGAUGCUGACCUCAACCUGGUUAUUCCUGCCACCCUCUUUGCUAGCGUGGGCACCCAGGGGCAGCGUUGCACCACCACGCGCCGAUUGAUCCUCCAUGAGAACAUUUAUGAUGAGGUGCUGGAGAAAUUGAAGAAAGCCUACAGUCAGGUCAGAAUUGGAGACCCCUUGGAUGAGAAUACCCUGUACGGUCCCAUGCACUCGCAGCAAGGCGUGGAAAUCUACCAGAAUGCCAUCCAGAAUGCCCUGGCUCAGGGAGGCAAACUUGAAGUUGGAGGAAAGGUACUGGAGAGGCCGGGGCAUUACGUAGAGCCCACAAUCAUCUCUGGUCUACCCCAUGAUGCCCCAGUGAUUCAGACAGAGUCCUUUGCUCCCGUGCUGUAUGUCCUGAAGACCUCUAGCCUUGAGGAAGCCAUUGGCUGGAACAAUGAAGUUAAGCAGGGUCUGUCCAGCAGUCUCUUCACCAAGAAUCCUGGCAACCUCUUCCGCUGGCUCGGACCCAAGGGCUCUGACUGCGGUAUUGUGAAUGUCAACAUUCCCACGAGUGGCGCAGAAAUCGGAGGUGCCUUCGGUGGUGAGAAGCACACAGGAGGAGGUCGUGAGUCUGGAAGUGAUGCCUGGAAACAGUACAUGAGGCGGUCUACUUGCACCAUCAACUACGGCGAUGAGCUGCCGCUCGCCCAGGGCCUCAAGUUUGAAUGAGAGGCUCCCCGCCGUCUUAAUCAUCGGGGAAGAUGUCAAGGAGGAACGAGGGGAAACGUUAUACGAAAAGAUGCAACCCGAAGGAUGUGGCAGGGUAUUUUGUCAACGCUGUGAAGGUCCGGUUUUUUCCCCCUGGCUUUAACCAGGGUUCAAAAUUUCAAUUAUGUCAUGACAGCUCGGAGAUGGGGCAUUUUAUGCUGCAGGUGUCAAAACUAAAUCGUACUCGACAAGCUCAUUCUGUCAUUCUAUCACGAGAGCGCAGGUAUUCGGAAUGUGUAUCUUUUCGUUUUAUUAUUUCUUGUUUGCCUUAUUUUUUUCUACAGAUUUGACGGUUUGCAGACUUUUCCCCUUCAUGAUUGCAUGAAAAAUGAAAAACAAAACUGAAAGUUAACGUAUUCAGUAGAAACGUAAUCAUGUAUCAUCAUCUUAUUAGGAUUUAAGAACAGUGAAGCAUUUGGAAGUUAUUCACAAGUAUUAUGACUUGUUUUAUUUGCGAUUCAUUUUUAAUGAUGAAUGGAUAAGAAUUCAACAACUUACGGCAUUUAUCAGUGGGCUCGUGAAAAGCAAGAGCAAGCUGAAAAGCAACAAUUUCAAAAACACAAAUUGGUUUUGAUCCCUCAUUUGAUUUGAUUUGAUUUGAUGGAUCCCCAGUUAUUGGAAAGAAAAGUAUUUUUUUCUGUUAUUAAUGUUCACAUUCAAACUUAUCUUGUCUGAAAUAACCCUUUUUGAUAUACACGAGAUAAGUGGCCAACCCGAAGACAUUGUGAAUGUGUUAUGCUGCGAAUUUAUACUGAAAAAGCCGCCCUUGCUUAAAGCUUGCGUAGAAGUAGACGGCAUUUAUUUUUAAUUCUUCAUCAUUGGCAUGGUUUCAUGGAAACAGUUUAGCUAGUAGAAAAAAAAUCGUGUUGCUCUGCCACUCGUUUAUUUUUCUAAAGGUUUCACUUGCAGCAUAACGCGUUUACGUUCUUGCUGGACACAAACGUCUUACGGAGGGUGAAAGUUAAAGUUAAAAAAAAAAACCAAAAAAACAAACAAACCGAAGGUGUGUUGCAAGUCUUUAUUUCUCGACUUCGCGUUAGUUAUUGAUGACCAUGCCUCGUUUCGCCUAGAGCCGAAUAUCCAGCUACUUAUUUUCCUUUGCCAGCGUCCAGAAUUAUAAAGAUGGGUUUGUUGUAGCACGGAGGAAGGACACAGAAGGAGUUUGAACUGCCCGGGCUAUACCAUUUUGGCCAAUUACCGCUUUCUGGCAUGCCCGAUGUGUCCAUAACCAGAGUGCAGUGAAUGCUUGCUAUGCACUUCCUGCUUCACAACAAUAAGCCCCAUUUCGUGCCCAGUGAUCAUCGCCGCACUUUGUCGCUGGUAAUCUGCAUCCUUAAAACGUUGUGUACUGCAGUGUAGGAAGUUGAAUAUUCAUGCCAUCGUUGGUGCUUGGUAUAUAUAAUCUGACAAAACAACAUGAAAUUUAAUGCUUGCGCAGUUGCUUUUAUUUGGCUGUGUACCAGAAGUGUUCAAGUGCAGUUAUUGCCCUUAUCUAAUGCUUUCUUCGGGCUUAUUUUGGGAAUAAAUAGCUUAGUGGUUUAAAA